UGGACCCCCUUCUUCCUUUCUCUUCUUUCUCAACUUCACAACUCUCGCUCCGCUGCUCCAUUCUCAACAUUUCGACAUUCUACACUACCUCCGCUAGCCGCCCGAUCACUCGGCCCUCCGCGUCAUUCCACCAACUUCCACCCGGAAUUGAGGGUGCCUCGCUUGAUUGGGGACUUUCAAAAAGUCGAUUGCCAGGAAGUCCUCUCACUAUGGCCUCGUUCAAGGAAUUGUCCCUCUCGCGUCCUCUCAACCCCAACCAGCGUUCCCACGCACACUCCAUUUCGCUCGGUGCAGUCAAUGCCAACAACCGCGUGACUCGCAGAAAGAGUGUCACCACCUCCGCUGCCAAUGCCGCCGCUGCGGUCGCGGCUUCUAUGAAGGAAGGCGGAGAGUCCCUGUCGCUCCCCAUGGCCGCGCACCGCCGCAGCCUUGGGGGCCGCAAGGGACUGGAAUCCGCUUCGGUUGGCAGCGCGUCCGGCUAUGCUUCAUACCUGUCUCGAAGCGUGAACAGCCCCAGUCAGGAGCCGGUUCCUCGCAAAUCCUCGCCCACCAACUCUGAAGCGGACGGCAAGGCAAUUCCCAAGGGUCGCAACCGUCGAGCCAGUGAAGGUGCCCAGAUGAAGAUCGACGGAAAACGCAACCCGGCGGAACUCCGCUGCGAUCGCUGCGGGAAAGGGUACAAGCAUGGCAGCUGCUUGUCCAAGCAUAUGUGGGAGCACGACCCGGCAUGGUCCAUUACCUCGAAACUUCUCAUUUCCAAGCACCAGCAGGUCCAGUUGCUCGAGGCCGCUUCCGUGUUGGUCAACAUGAACAUCGACGAGGAGCCCGAGCAGUCUGCCGAGGCAGACUCGGAAAUCUCCUCUGGCUCGCCCGACGCCUUAUCCGACGUACGGGAUGGCAUCAGCUCGGCCGAGACCACGCCGCCCCCGAUGGAUGAGCAGGAAGAGGACGACGACUUUGAAAUGUCGGGCAUGCCGGCCAACUGGACCAAGCGCCCCAGCAUCAGCAACGCCUCGGCCUUCUCCCGCUCUUACCAGUCGAUCCCUUCCAGCUCCUAUACCGGUAGCGCUCCGCUCCACUCCCCUGCCUUCUCCCACUUCCGCAAGGCGAGCGUCGAUACUCGUCCGUCGACCGCGGAUACGCGGCUUCACGAGGACGACGAGGCCGACCUGGCUGCCGCCAUCGGACUGUGCAACUUUGGCACUCCUCGCACCAAUGCCGUCUCGAAUACCCCGGAUGUGCCACCUGUCCCUCCGCUGCCGGCUCGCUAUCUGGACUCGGGCAGCCACCCCAGCAACCAGAGCCCAGGCUUGGCUCAACCGGGCCCUAUGAGCGAAGCUCUCCGUCGUGAAUCCAACGCUGAACUCUUCCUUUCCCCGUCGCUCAACCCGUCUCAGUCUUACAAGGUGUCAGAUCUGCGUGGAGCACGAUCCGGAGAGGACACGGCCCAAGAGACCCGCCAACGUCGCAAUGCUGAUGUGGACUUCGGCAGCCGCCCAACCCCAACAGACGACGAUGACGACGGUGUUUUCGGCCGCAUGGAAGAAUAG